AUGGGAGGAAAGAUCGAUAGAACAGUCAAUGUUGGCACAAGCCCGCCUGUCUUUAGAUUGCAUGGUCAAAAUUUCCAUUUAAUGGGGAGUUUGCUGCCACAACAAGGCCAAAGGCCGAAAUUUGCCCAGUUGUAUAUUUACGACACUCAGAAUGAAGAUUCCAAUCGAUUGAAUGCAGUCGGGGACAAUGAUACUACCAACAGAUUGCAUCUUGAUAUUGUUCAAAAUAUUAAAGAUGCUUUGGAUGAAAACAAUGCAUUCGUGAAGUCAUUUCGCAAUGCAAGUCAGCAUAUUGAGAACGAUCCUACAGCAGAGAUCAAAAUCAAAUUGAUAGGCAAGAGAUCAAAAGAUGCUAGGACAUAUAACUUGCCUCAAGUUCAAGAAGUUGCCGCUUUGAUUGUUGGUGAUAUAGAUCCAGAUAUGGGACAGCGCGAUAUUUUGGUGGAAACUAAUUCAGGCCAUCUGCAAAGAAUUAGUGAAUUGAAUCCGGCUUAUUUACCGUUACAGUAUCCACUGCUAUAUCCAUAUGGUGAGGAUGGAUACAGAGAAGAUAUCCCGUUUGCGGACAUUCUUGAUCGGGCAUCCACAGCAAGAAAUCGUGUAUCUCCACGUGAGUAUUUCUCUUUCCGUUUGCAAGAUAGGUUUGAGCACACAUCAACAUUAUUGUAUGCAAGAAGGUUGUUGCAACAAUAUAUUGUUGAUGCUUAUACCAUGAUAGAGUCUGGCCGUUUGCUCUACAUUAGGACACACCAAAAAUAUUUGAGGUGUGAAUCUUAUAAGCGCUUAACUGAUGCAUUGACUAAUGGAGAAGUAGAUCCUACUGCUCAAGGAAAGAGGAUCAUCUUGCCAUCUACCUUUACUGGAGGAGCCAGAUAUAUGAUUCAAAACUACCAAGAUGCAAUGGCUAUUUGCAAAGCUAUGGGUUAUCCUAGCCUCUUUAUUACUUUUACAUGUAAUCCGAAGUGGCCCGAGCUAGAGAGGUUUUUAAAAGCACGCAAUUUAAAGGCGGAAGAUAGGCCAGAUAUCAUAUGCCGAGUUUUCAAAAUGAAGCUAAACGCUCUUAUUUCAGAGAUUCGGAAGAAUAACAUUUUUGGAGUUGUUACAGCAGUCAUUUAUACUAUUGAAUUUCAGAAGAGGGGGUUGCCGCAUGCGCAUAUUUUGGUAUUCUUGACAAAGAAUGACUCUCCUAAAACCCCAAAAGACAUAGACAUGUGGAUAUCUGCUGAGAUUCCAAAUGAGAUUUGUGAUCCUGAGUACUACAAAGCCGUUCAAGAAUUCAUGAUGCAUGGUCCUUGUGGUUCAUGUAGGAAGAAUUCACCUUGCAUGGUAAAUGGUCGUUGUUCUAAGUUCUUUCCAAAGAAAUAUGUUACAACUUCAGUCUUGGAUCGUGAUGGAUAUCCAAUUUAUCGGAGGCGUGACAAUGGCCGCACAAUAAACAAGAAUGGGAUCAACUUGGACAACAGAUAUGUUGUGCCUCAUAAUAGGUACUUAUUGAUGAAAUACAAGGCGCACAUUAAUGUUGAAUGGUGCAAUCAGUCAAGAUCAAUUAAGUACUUAUUCAAGUACGUCAACAAGGGAAAUGAUCGAGUAACUGCUGAGUUCUACAAUAGUACCGUUGACGAAUCAACUGGGAAAGAAAUUGAUGAAAUCAAGAUGUACUAUGAUUGUAGAUAUAUAUCACCGUGUGAGGCUGCCUGGAGGAUCUUUUCCUUUGAAAUACAGUUCCGAAAUCCUUCAAUUGAACGCUUAAGUUUCCACUUACCAGAUGAGCAAUCUAUUAUAUUCGAUGAUGGUGAUAAUGUUGAUAGUGUCAUUAAUCGUCCGAUAGUGUCUCAAAGUAUGUUCACUGCAUGGUUUGCCGCUAACUUGAAAUUUGAGGAAGCUAGGCAGUUAACGUAUGCUGAAAUGCCUAGGAAAUUUGUUUGGAAGAAAGACAAAAGAGAAUGGCAACCUAGACAAAGAAAUUUUGCAAUUGGAAGGAUUUUCUAUGUGCCACCAAAAUGCGGUGAAUUAUUUUAUUUGAGAUGUUUACUAAAUUUGGUCCGAGGUCCUACAAGUUUUGAAGAAAUCAAAUGUGUUGAUGGAAAGCAGUAUAUGUCAUUUAGAGAUGCAUGUUACGCUAGAGGAUUAAUUGAGGAUGACAAAGAAUAUGUGGACGCUAUUCUAGAGGCAUCACUAUGGGCAACUGCUUAUUCUCUAAGGAAACUUUUUGUCACAUUGUUGACGUCAAGUUCAACGUCAAAGCCAGAAAUUGUGUGGGAAGCUGUUUGGAUUCAUCUAGCAGAAGAUGCGGAAUACCAAGCUAGAAGAACUUUAGGAGUCCCAAAUGUAGUUCUUACAGAUACACAAAAGAAGAACUAUGCAUUGACAGAGAUUGAAAAAUUAUUGACUUCUUGCAACAAGUCAUUACAAGAUUAUCCACCAAUGCAUAUACCUGAUGAACCAAUUACUGAUAUACAAUAA